GGUAACGGUAAUAUGCAACUAUACAUAGGGAAUUUGAUUUCUUAUUCUUUUGGACAUAAAUAUUAAUGGUACCACCAAAAGGAAUUUUGAAAAUUAAAUUGGCAUGUGGCACAGAGGAUCAUAAGAAACGCAGUAGACCACACCAACGAACUCAAAUUAAAAAGCCCAAAUCUCAAAGCUCUCCGAAUCCGCAGAUUCUGCUUCAGCUUUGUGUUUAUAGAAAGAGAGAUUUGUCACUUUGAUUGAGUGUCUCUCACUCAUUCUCUCUGACGCUCGAAACAAGCGGAAGGACGAAGAAGAGAGAGUUUAAUGCGAAUCUACAGAUCCUCCUCCCUAAUUUCUCGCUGGUUGUAACGGACAUAUUUAAGCGUCCAUUUGAGCUAUGGAGUUUCUGUGAUCGGAGUCUGCAUUUUCAAGGACCAAACAUACAAAUCGAAUUUACAGAGACUCGUAGCUGUUUUGCGACCGAAUUUUUUAGGGUUCGUCGUGUACUGAAGGGGGAGAUGCUGACGUGUAUAGCGUGUACGAAGCAGCUAAACGCCAACAAUGGCGGAUCUACUCACGAGAGGCAUCAAGAAGGUGAAGAAAUUGGGACGCCCAGAACUAAACAGGCGACUAAAUCGCUGACAUCGCAGCUAAAAGACAUAGCAGUAAAGGCUUCAGGAGCGUACAAAAACUGCAAACCGUGUUCUGGGACAUCAAACCGGAAUCAGAACCGAGACUAUGCUGAUUCAGAUGCUGCUUCGGACUCUGGAAGGUUCCAUUAUGCAUACCAGAGAGCUGGGACUCCAAAGAUUUGGGGGAAGGAGAUGGAGUCCAGGUUAAAAGGGCUCUCGAGUGAAGAAGGCACACCUACGUCCAUGAGCGGUCGGACAGAAUCCAUAGUGUUCAUGGAGGAGGACGAGCUCAAAGAAUGGGUUGCGCAAGUGGAACCUGGUGUUCUCAUCACGCUUGUGUCAUUGCCUCAGGGAGGGAAUGAUCUAAAGAGGAUACGGUUCAGUCGUGAGAUGUUUAAUAAAUGGCAAGCUCAGAGAUGGUGGUCGGAGAAUUACGAGAAGGUCAUGGAGCUAUACAACGUGCGGCAGUGCAAUCAGGAGACCGUGCCACUCCCUACUCCUCCGGUUUCGGAUAAUGGGGGAUCGCGAAUACAGUCGAGUAAGGACAGUCCUGUAACUCCACCUCUGAGCAAAGAGCAACCUAGAGGAAUGGGAUAUUCCUCGUCUGAAUGUUACGACUCUGCUGGUCUUGCUUCAACACCAAAGCUCUCGAGCAUCAGCGGAACCAAGACUGAGGCAUCAUCUGUUGACGGUUCUGCUAGAAGUAGCUCAGUAGAUGGAUCCGAGGAGGUCUCAGUGAGCAACGCAAGCGACAUGGAAACAGAAUGGGUAGAACAAGACGAGCCUGGUGUCAACAUUACAAUCAGAGCUUUACCAGAUGGUAAUCGCCAGCUUAGACGCGUUCGGUUCAGCCGAGACAAGUUUGAGGAAACACAUGCGAGGUUGUGGUGGGAACAGAACAGAGCUAGGAUACAACAGCAGUACUUGUGAGGUGAUAGAUCUACUAAGUGGAGCUACAAGACAAAGAACAACAAAAGACUUUUUUAUUAUUUUAGUUUUUAACUUCAACAAAAGCUAAACAAAGACUUCCCUCUCAGCUUAGGUGGGUAUAUCGAUUGUUCAGGAUUUCAAUUCUGAUUUGAUAAUUUUGUGGAAUAAUACCAUAAUGAUUAUGCUAUUUAAUUAAUUUUUUCAGAGGGCA